CCGACUCUCACUUUUAAGUAUUCACACAACAACCACUUUAGUACUACAGCGCGCUUUAUCCUAUCUACACAAAAAAAAUUUACCAAAAACACCCCAAAAAAAUCCUACAUUCCUUUUUCUCUUAUUUCUCUCUAUCUUUUUGGAUUAAUAUCAAUCUUUUAGUAUCUCUUCACUUUAUUUAUUUUGGAAAAAUAAUUUCAUUUUAAAAAUGGACAAACACUUUAUUAACGACCCUGAAACUUUGGUUGUCGAGGCCCUCAAAUCCUUGACUUCUUUGAACAAGACACUUAGUGUUCACGAAGAAGGAAAAUUCGUUUAUUACCACGAUUAUAAUAAGAAAAACGUGAGUGUUAUUUCUGGCGGGGGUGCGGGGCACGAACCCACCCACUCGUCGUUUGUUGGCAAGGGGAUGCUCACGGCCGCUAUUUCUGGCUCUAUUUUUGCCUCCCCUUCGUCUAAACAAAUUAAUGCCGGUAUCAAACAAGUGCAGUCGGAAGCCGGUACUUUGGUAAUUUGCAAAAAUUAUACCGGUGACGUUCUCCACUUUGCGAUGGCCGUGGAAAAAGAAAGAGCUGCUGGAAGAAAGGCUGAACUAAUUGCCGUGGGUGAUGAUGUCUCUGUAGGCCGUGCCAAGAGUGGUAAGGUCGGUCGUCGUGGACUCUCUGGUACUGUUCUUGUUCACAAGUUGGCUGGUGCCGCUGCCUCCCGCGGUGUUCCUUUAGAAACUCUUGUUAAGCUUGCUCGUACUGCUAACGAUAAUAUGGUCAGUAUUGGUGCUUCAUUGGCCCAUGUCCAUGUUCCUGGACAAAGUCCUCGUUCUGAAGAUGAAAGCAUGGCCCACAAUGAAAUGGAACUUGGUAUGGGUAUCCACAAUGAACCUGGUUGCCGUCGUAUGUCUCCUAUACCCUGUAUUGAUGAUCUUGUUUCUGAAAUGUUAAAACAACUUUUGGACCAAUCUGAUAAGGAUCGUGCUUACGUCAAAAUUGACGGUAAAGACGAGGUGGUUUUACUUAUGAAUAACCUUGGUGGCUUGUCCUUACUUGAAUUCAGUGCUAUUUCUAGUAAAGUGCAGGAGGCUCUUGCCAAGCAAUAUUCUAUUCAUCCAGUCCGUGUUUAUGCUGGGAUUUUUACCACUAGUUUGAACGGUCUUGGUUUUGGUAUCACCUUGUUCCGUACGACUGAUCGCGUAAACAUUGGUGGCCAAGAAUUUUCCUUCUUAGAUCUGCUCGAUCAACCCGUCGAGGCUCCUGGCUGGCCUUUCUGUCAACCUGCUAGCCUUGAAUCUAAGAACAAGAUUGGCAACAUCAGCAUAGAGGAAGCUCAUAGUGAUAUUCAAUCUCCUGUGAAAAUCGACAAGGAAGCAGUUCGCAAGAUUAUCCUUACAGCCAUGCAGAAUUUGAUUGAUGCUGAACCCCAGAUCACCAGAUUCGAUACAAUUGCAGGCGAUGGCGAUUGCGGCACCACAUUGAAGCGGGGCGCCGAAGGUGUCGCCAAAUUUGUCAAAUCUGACAAAUUUUGUGACGACCCAAUUCGUCUCGUUCGUGAUAUCGCAGACGUCAUUGAAGACAAUAUGGAUGGUACCUCUGGCGCCUUGUAUGCCAUAUUUUUCCAUGGCUUUGCCAAGGGAGUGAAGGACCACCUACAGGAAAAGAAGGAUGUUUCCACGAAGAUGUGGUCCAGAGCUCUGAAGGCUGCUAUGGACACACUAUUCAAGUAUACUCCUGCUCGUCCUGGUGACCGUACCAUGUGCGAUGCUCUUGUUCCAUUUGUUGAAAAUUUUGUUGAAACCGACAAUGUCAAGACUGCUGCUAAGACUGCUCGUGAGGGCGCUGACAAUACCGCAAAUUUACAGGCCAAGCUUGGUCGUGCUGUUUAUGUUGGCGGUGAUGUGAAGGUUCCCGAUGCUGGUGCUCUUGGUGUUGCCGCAAUCGUAGAAGGCUUCGCCAAAUAAGCAAGCAAUAUUUGUAGCCGUUAUUUGUUAUAUUAUUUUAUUAUUAUUUAGAUGUUCAUAUAUAUAGUUUAGACAAAUUCUAGUUUUAUGUAGAUAAGAUAUAAUACUUUCAAUGAAAUACUUAUAGAUAGAAUUGGUUUCUACAGUCUAUUGUCUUUUGAG